GCAGCAGGCUCUCCCGCAGGCCUUGUCCAUCGUAGCAAGGGCCCAGACAUGGGCCAGAUGCGAGACUAGGACAGAGUAUCUUAAUACGGUAGGGGUGCAAGUGCAACGAUGCUGCUUUCUCUCCCACUUUGGACUGAUGCUGGGCUAGCAUUCUCAAACCGGGUCGCAUCGCAUGUCUCCAAACACUCCACUUGAACAUUUCUGAGUUCUGCAGACGAGAGUUUCAUGAUCGCGCAAACUACUGGAUGCCCUGUGGAGUAUGUCAGUAAUCAGAGUAGCGCAGUGGAAGCGUGGGUGGGACUAGAUAGAGAGGACAGCAUCAAGAAACAGCUAUGAAGGGAGAAUUUAGACGAAAUUGUGGGAGAAGUGAAGGGUAAGUGCUCGACAUGUAGAUUCUCCAGGUUGCUAUCGUCUUCAUGUAUUUGUGCGAGUAUUCUCACUUUGAUCAGAAGGGAACCUAUGUCAUGCAUAUCAAUGAUUGUAUUGUAUAACUGGAUGCAAGGUGAAUCAUGUAAUGUUUUUAUUGAAGGGGGAGUUAAGAGAAUGCACUUGUUCCUAGCAAGAGAUGAAGUGCUAAGCUGCUUUUGCAAGAACCUUCUUGACUUAAUUCUCCACUAGUUUUCCAAAUCCACCAUCCACUGAUGGUCUGCAAUGCCUGGUCAGGCAUCAUGGAAUGGAUUCUGUUGACAGUUGGUGAUAGGAAGAAGAUUACCUCAAAACAAAUCACAUCCAAGCACAUCUAAAGUGGUAUGUUCCAUUAAGCUAUUUCUUUCCAUGUGCUAUGUGGAAAUUUGCUUCAAAUGCUGUUGCUGGAGCCAUUGGAUUGAAGAAUAACCGUUUAAAUCCAAGUCGAGCCACAUCAGAACGCUCAGCUGAUGAAAACUACUCGGACACUGGCAGAGGGGAAGGACUAAAAUGCCCAAUCUGCUGGGAAUCUUUCAAUGUCGUUGAGAAUGUGCCGUACAUUUUAUGGUGUGGCCAUACCCUUUGUAAAAACUGUGUCUUGCGCAUACAAUCGGCUGUUUUAAAAUUCCCAAUAUUACCAACCCAUCUUCGAUUCUUCAUUUCUUGCCCAUGGUGCAACCUACUAUCUGUCAGGCUGAUUUACAAGGGAAAUCUCAAGUUUCCCCGUAAGAAUUUCUUUCUACUCUGGAUGGUUGAGAGCCAGAAUGGUAAUAGGGUAAAGUCAAAUCCUCUCUUGGGUGAUGAACAUCAACCAUUCUGGUCUUCACGUAGAAACUUGGCUAUGGGAAAUCAACUUGGCUACACAACCCAGAGGCACCCCCCAUAUAUCCAAUUUCCUGAGCAGUUGGAGCCCAAUCAAGAUAGCGUUUUUCUCAUCUGUAGCCAUCUCAAUGUGCAGAGACUGCGUACAUGUCUUCGCAAGUCCUUGAAUUUCAUUGUUCACCUCAUGGCCAAGAUCCCUUUGAUCAUCAUAUUUUUUCUGAUCAUCUUGUACGCAAUACCCGCCAGUGCAGCUAUCUUGAUCUCAUACAUUUUCAUCACAUUUCUGUUUGCUCUGCCAUCUUUUCUGGUAUUGUACUUUGCUUACCCCACUUUGGAUUGGUUGAUUGGAGAAAUAUUCACGUGAGUCGCUGUCUGUCUCUUGAACUCUGUAGCAUUAAUACUUUCCCUUUGAAUCCACAAGCUAUGAAAUUUAACAUCAUUCCCAACUCUGAGUCUGACCCAGCUUCCUUGUUUCAAAACCAAUGGAUCAUGGCUCAAGCUUUUCUGUUUGACGACUUUUUGAUGGUAUGAGAAAAUCUGGCUCUGGAAUUUUGAUCUAGAAAUCUGGGCCAAAUGAGAAGAUUUUAGUGUUACUUGCCUGUAUGCCUGGCUUUCAGUAUGUUGCUUUUAUGUAUGAGCGAAGUUUUGCUGUACAGUUGAAUAGUUAUCAUGUUAAUUAAAUUUGAUGAAACAAUAUCCUUUUAAUAUUACUAUUAUAGAAACUCGAAUAGCUGCAUUAAACUUUUUUU